GACCUCGACCUUUGAAUAUAUAUGUGAAAGCUGUACCAUAUAGGUUAGCUUUUGGGUUUGUGGGGGCUUUUUUGGUAUGGAUUACCCCUUCAUUUGUUCCUGAUCCAUCAGAAGGAUUACCAUUUUUAUAUGUAGCAUUCUUACUGGUUUGUUAUGCUCUCCACCAGGUAUGCGUAUAUUGUAUGUUUGUAGCGGUAAUGGCAUUUUUUGCCAAAGUCAGCGACUCUUCCGUUGGAGGCACUUAUAUGACGCUUUUGAACACUCUCAGUAACCUUGGAGGAAACUGGCCAACAAUUCUGACUCUUUACUUUGUUGAUCCUUUAACUUGGAAACAAUGUGAAGGAGGUAUGGAAAGUAUUGAUAACGCUUGCAGAAAUACAAUUGAAAAAGAAGUAUGUAUCAGCAAGGGUGGAAAAUGCAUAACUAUUUUGGACGGAUUUUAUAUUGAGACAUUAAUAUGUUCAGUAAUAGGAUUUUUAUGGUUAUGGUGGGGGGCAAAAAAAAUCAAUCAAAUACAGUCACUCAACGAGAAUGCUUGGAAACUUGACAAAAGGAAAAAUAAUAGAAGAUAGUGUACACUUUAAGGCAUUGUAUAUAUUAGGUUCAAAUGUGAGUAUUUCAGGUUUGGUUUAAAUUAUUUUUUGUACAGAUAUUUAUAGAAAUUAUAUGAGUUUGUUGAAGGUGUGUAAAGCUUUUGAGGUUUUUGUGAGAUAUUAGAACUGCUGUUUUGAUGAUCUCAUACAUUUGUGUGAAUAUGCAUAAUUGUGUAUGCUUAGAGAGUUGAUAAUUCAUAUAUACCAAGUGACGAGAACCAUAAUUUUUUUUUAUAGAAAUAGCACUUGACUUUUUUCACUAGCAUGAGAUUUGUUAUAUGUUCUUUUUAUACUGUUGUACAAACACAAAAUUUGUACUUUCAAAAAAGAUAAAUUUGCUUGAAUAAAAGAGACGAAAGUUCUUGAUAUUCCAUCUUUGUUGCUAUGUAUACCAAAAAAAUAUAUAAUGAGAAAGGUAUUUUUUCAAUAAAUUACAUCUUUAAUAUUUCGAAGUUAAAAUCCAAAAGAGCAUUAUCCCCAAACACUGGAACUGCAGUUCUUGUGCUUGUUUUGGAUUUAUUCUAUACCAGAGGUUCCUGUCUUUCCUUUCAGUAAAGUCAAAAUAUUAUUUGUUAUCAUAGUACCAUAAAAAUUCAACUUGGUUAAAUAAA